AUGGACAGCACAGGAGGUGAUGAUCAUGCUUCAGCAGAUUCAAAAAAUAAUCUUAAAGAAAUUAUUAAAUUCCUUGAUCAACAAAUCCAAGUUCUGCACCAAAAGAAUUUGAUACAUGAACAUGAAAUCACAGAAAAACAAAGCAAAACAUUCACUGAAAACUUGAAUUUGGUAAAAGGAUCCUCUGUAAAAGAGAAGGCAAGUCCUAGUAGUCUAACAGCACAAGAAAGACUCUUCCCCAAUAGCAAUUCAGCACUGAUGGGUAACAAGGCUUACAAGAUUUCCCCAAAUAUUCUUAUGGAUACUCCAGUGAGACAUAAGAAAGUGAAGGGUGGAGGAUCUGAAGAGGAUGGCAAGGAAGGGGCUUUGCUUCCUGACUUCAAACGGGACAAAACGGCUGGUAAUAAUGGUGGCAGAUCAUUAAGAACAAGUAAUAUUACUGUAAGAUUUCAUUCUCCCGACAAUUCAAGUGAAACUCAGAUUGACAUUUACAAUUUAAAAGAUUCAAGAGAGGUCCCUGAAGUUCAUAUUGUAGCCACCAACAUUAUUAACCAAGGCCUUAAAAUGGAUUCGGUAGCAUUAAAAGACAAUGGUAUGCAAGUGAUAGUAAAUAGUUCAGUGGAUAAGAAAAUGAAGCAUAUUAAAGGGAGAAGAAAAACUCCAAUAAAACUUGAUGGUGGAAUUACAGGAGAGAGCCUACCCAGGAGCAGUAAGACAAAUCACCCAAGAACAGAUGUCCCUGAACCUUUUACUUAUCAGAUGAUGGUAUUAAAUCAAAUUCUACAAUCACUGAGAGCUCAAAAUGCACACAGAGACCAUUCACAAAGCACAAUCAAUGAACAGUCAAAAAUCUCUGUAAAAGAACUGGAAUAUAUAUUAAACGAACAAAACAAAGAGACUGUAAAAAUUCAGAAUUCUCCACCAGCUGUUGAAAGCAAGGCACAGAGGCUUAUGGAACAGAUUCCAUCAAAAGAAUCUCAAGGUCCAGAGAGACCAUCGAGUGAAAAGGAAAACAUAACGAAGGAAUCUUCCUCAGAAGAAGGUCUUAUUCUACCUGCCUCCAGUGAAACAUCAUUGAUUUUCCCACUUAAAUCAACUCUUCCUCAAAGUGUAAGAACUGAAGUGACAAAUGAAGAUGUGAAUGAUGCUAGAAGAUUUGAAUUUUUUGAGAAGUAUGAAGGUAUUCAGGAUAAAAAAAGAGCAAAGGCUGCAGAUCUUAAACAACUACUAAAGCAUAUCAUUGUUGCCUGUGUAGCUGUUUCUGGUUUGAUAUUAGCAGUGAUAGUCCUUGUGCACAUAUACAAUUCAUUGUUUAUGAAGAAGCAGAAACCAAUUAUAGCAAAUGCUAACACUGACAAGAAGGAAGAAUCUGUCAAAAAUAAGGAAUCAGACCAACAUAAAGAAUCUGAAAAAAUUGAGGAAUCAGAAACAAGCAUUAUGAUACCACUGGAGCCAAAAACAUCCAUCUCCAACACUAUUGACAUAGAAAAUCACAACAACAAUAACUGUCCACCACCAGGAAUUUUUCUUUCAACACAUGGUGAAGAUGUUACAAACCCUUUAGAGAUUCAGUCUGUUUCUUCCCCUAGCUGCCCAGCAAAACAAACAGAAUUAAUGCCCCAUGCUGAAUCAUUAGAGGAAUCACAUAAUUAUAGUACACUUAAGAAUUUCAAACUACAAUCUAAACCUUCCAAAUUGAAUAGCACUUUCUAUAAUAAUUUAGAACAAUAUAAUACACCCAGGAAUCAGGACUAUGAAACAUAUCAAAAGAAACAUAGUACUUCUCACAGAAAAAAACCAGACUAUUAUUUAUCCUCCAGGAGAAGUCCAAAAUCCACACAACCCAAAAGAGCAUACACCGCUCACUUAUCUAAGCAUCAAUAUUACAACAGUUUAAAUUGGGUUCAUGAUCCUUCAUCAGAUAAUUUCAUUGCUCUAUAUACAAACAAAAACUUUAAUGAAUCAAAAAUGUCCCAGUUUGAUGGUACAGAGUGUACAUGUUUUCAGCAUCACAAAUACGGUUCUGGUACAGAUUCAUACUCUGACUAG